AAUUCUGGUGGUGAGGGGAAGGAAAGGCUACACCUGAGGCGACUGCCUCAGGCCAGGCAGAAAAUGGCUGACCUGAGGGAAGGAAUAUUCUUCCCUGUAGGCUAAAACAGCACCCUUUACCUCCAUAAACAUCAUUAUUUGGGGUGCUUUUAAUUAUUAGUGUAAUAGGAACAAAUAUUUCUGCAGGCUUAUAGUGGGGAGGAAAAGAGGAAUAUUUUGUAACCACAGUCCAGGAAAAACCAGAAAAAGGCACAUUACUACCGCAACAGAAGCAGUUGUUAAAGAAGGACCUUUAUUUUCCAUUAUGGAUGGGAUUUGGGAAAGGAAGGUGACUUUUUUUCCAAAGGAUGCUGAGCCCCGUUGGAUGCUUUUGAUGAAGCAGCAGCAGCAGCAGCAGCAGCGUGAAACUUCUCCAGACUUCUCCCAGUCUUGAGCCUCCAGCGAUUACUGAAAUGCUCCAGGACAAAAGCUUGUCUGAACCAGAGGAUGGGUUUGCAGCACCUCAGGCUCCCGUCCAUUCUGAGACCACCACAGGUUCCCCCGUCCUUGGCGUAGCGGGAGUCAGCAGCACGCCUCUGAGUAGCCCACAGGUUCCUGAUCCUGAGCAGACCAUUGAAAACAUCAAAGUCUACCUGCACGAGAAAGAGCUAUGGAAGAAAUUUCAUGAAGCUGGCACAGAGAUGAUCAUCACUAAAGCUGGCAGGAGAAUGUUUCCCAGUUACAAAGUGAAAGUCACGGGAAUGAACCCCAAGACAAAGUACAUCUUGUUGAUUGAUAUUGUCCCAGCUGAUGAUCAUCGAUACAAGUUCUGUGACAAUAAAUGGAUGGUAGCGGGAAAGGCUGAGCCAGCCAUGCCUGGGCGCUUGUACGUCCACCCGGACUCGCCAGCCACGGGGGCACACUGGAUGCGCCAGCUGGUAUCGUUUCAAAAACUGAAGCUCACCAACAACCACCUGGACCCCUUUGGACAUAUUAUUCUCAAUUCGAUGCACAAAUACCAACCGAGACUGCACAUUGUGAAGGCGGAUGAAAACAACGCAUUCGGUUCCAAGAACACGGCUUUCUGCACACACGUGUUCCCAGAGACCUCCUUCAUAUCUGUGACAUCGUACCAGAAUCACAAGAUAACACAGCUGAAGAUAGAAAACAACCCGUUUGCCAAGGGCUUUAGGGGAAGUGAUGACAGCGACCUGCGUGUAGCAAGAUUACAAAGUAAAGAGUACCCCGUCAUCUCCAAAAGCAUCAUGAGGCAAAGGCUGGUGUCCACUCACGGCCAGCUCUCCGGGAAGUCGGACGUCGGCUCGCUUCAUGGGAGUCACCAGGGCCUCCAGCACUACCAGUACGAGAACGGCGGCCACAUGCAGUUUGCCGCCUCGGACGCGCAAGACCUGCCCCUCAACACCUUUGCGGCGCAGAGAGAAUCGGGGCUCUUCUAUCACUGCCUGAAGCGACGAGAAGGCGCCCGGCAUCUGGACCUGCCCUGCAAGCGUUCUUACCUGGAUGCCUCUUCUUCUGUCGGGGAAGAGCACUACUUCCGGUCACCCCCUCCGUAUGACCAGCAAAUGCUCAGCCCCUCCUACUGCGGCGACGUGACGCCGAGGGAGGCCUGCAUGUACUCUGGCUCGGGUGCCGACAUCGCUGCCGUCUCCUCGGUGGAAGACCUGCCUCCCCCUCCUCCCCCACCUCCUUUGAGCUGCAAUAUGUGGACCUCGGUUGCACCUUACACCAGCUACAGCGUUCAGACAAUGGAAACGGUUCCCUACCAGCCCUUCCCAGCCCACUUCACCGCCACCACCAUGAUGCCGCGCCUUCCGACCAUCACAAACCAGAGCGCCCAGCCGCCGGGCAACAGCCCCUUCGCCGUCUACAACCAGCUCUCGCAGUCUCAGGUCCGGGAGAGAGUCCCCCCGUCGUCCUUCCCCAGGGAAAGGGUGCACCCCUCUGUGUGCGAGAGGAAGCCCCCCUCGCCCCACUUAAGCACGGCAAAUGAAUUUCUGUACUCACAGACCUUCUCGCUCUCCAGAGAGUCCUCUCUGCAGUAUCAUUCAGGGAUGGGGACAGUGGACAACUGGACGGACGGAUGACUCUGUCCGCCGGGCGGCAGCAGACACAAGAAUUGCGGCGGGACUAACUGCUCCGGGACAAUGUUUGCUCAGUGUUUAAAUACCUGUGGGUAACUUGCACUUCCGUGACACCUACAGAAAAACCUGCAUUUCCAUUGGGGGUUUGUGUAGCCACGAAGCUCUGUCCAAGAUAGAACCCAGCUGAGUUUUGGAAGGGUGGAGGGAGAAUCCAGUCGUGCGUCUAAAGGGACUUCGGGCUCAGUGGCUUGGACCCAUCAGUCAUAUCUGUCUGGUCAAAUAUUUGCCUUCUAGAGAAACUCUCCCUUGUUUAAUUCAUGGCAACCCUUAUUUAAAAAGAAAAAAGAAAAGAAAAGAAAAAGGAAGGAAAGCAAGCAAGUCUUCCACACACACAGGCCAUUCAGCAAAGGGCCCCCUAUGUAUUCUACCAUUUUGCAGACGGGAGUCAGAGAACACAGAACACAGAGAGAGCGAGGGUGUGUGUGUGAACAGAAAAUGCAGUGUACGGUCCCAAACGUUCCUAACGCAGAUUCAAUACACAUAUCCAAAGUUGUCUCUAACAAGGGCCGGGCCAAAUUGGUUCAGUUCCAGAGGGUGGAUAUUGACCCUCUUGUAGGACAAUUAUUUUCCAGUAGAGCAGUGUGUGCUUCUUAACACCUGCUCACCCCACCCCAGGCUAUUUAAAAACCUCUCUCCUUCCACACAGUGACCGGGGUGCGUGGGAUUUCUUGGGGUGGCUGUCAGUUAGCGGAGCUCGCUCUCCUCCCAGAAGAUCCUGGGGUGGCAGAGGGUGGCGCACUUAGAUCUAGCACCACCUCAGCAUCUUUGAGGAGGAAAAGGCCCCAAGGCCUUCCUCAUCUGUCAUGGUAACAAGCCAGGGGCUGCUUGGUCAACGGUAGGAUGGAGAAAACCGUCACGCAGCUACCAGUGAAAAAAAUAGGGAUUCAUUCCUAUUAAUAAUUAGUACAAUGUUAAUAAAGGCCUGAACAAAGA